AUGCAGUCCAGCGCUAGCUGCCCGGUGUUGCCACCGGUGCCGGCGCAGGUGAGAGCUGCACAGCAGCGGGGGCAAAGGGAAGCUGCCAAACGAAAGGAGUUCCUUGGGGGUCUGAUCAAUCAGGACCUACAGAAGCUGACCCAUUGGCAUGGCAUGCGCCCCACGCACGAGCAAAAGCGCUUCUUGCGAAGUUUGGACUGCCUCUACAAAGCUUAUGAUUCAGCCUCAGCACCUCAGGUGGGGGAGGUUUCCCUUUUUGAGCUACAUAUCCCAUCUCUCCAGCAUUCCACUUCCCAAUGCCACCACGCGAAAAGAGAGGCCAUGCAGCGCCGCGCAGAGGAGGACCCGCUUGCAGGACCACCUCGCAGCCCGCGCAGUGGGGUGCAAGGUGCCACUGAGGAUCUGCCGAAGGAGCCCAUUGAGGUCUUCGAGCAAAAGAAGCGCCAGAAGCUGCGGAAGAAAUUGGACCCCACAGCGGAGGAUCCUAAUAGCCUGCUGGAGUGGUUGGAAGGUCAAAGCCUGACCUCUCAUAGCACGGCCACAACGGCGAGCAGCCAGCGAACGCGCUUUACAGAUCUCAGUAUGACCUCCUUAGCUUCCUCAAUUUGCAGCCAUCCCGGCACCUUAGUCCACGAGAGUUAUCGACCCCACAAGCGCGCCUAUGCGGUGAACAUCAACGACUGGAAGCCCGUGAACCAGCACGAAGCAGGAGCCAUGAAGGAUGGCAUUCCCAGCCUGGGAUGGCCAGAUGGCGAACGGAUGGUCACCAGCUUCCAGGACCGUCAAACGCUUGCGGAGAAGCGGAGAAGUGACUCCAGUCCAUGGGGAUGGGAAGAAGAAUGGCUCAUGAGCUUCCGAUCGGGUGGCUUGGUGAUGCCAGCAGAUGCCCCACAGGAGCAAUUCGGCACGGCUUCGGCGGGGGUGCGGAACAUCAGCAAGAAGAUGUACGAGAAGGUCUUGCGCCCCGAGCAGCAUGCCUUCAUCAGCAGGUUCCUCAGCGAGGCACCCGUGGAGCAGCGCGAGCAAUUCACCGGCUUGGCCUGGGGCGCUCAGCGAUGGACCAUGGUGCGGUCCUUGGAGUAUUUGCGCCUGCAAAAGCACAGGGAGGAUACGAGCACCUCCAAUCUGCACAUGGACCUUCACGAGAACGCCCGGCUUUGGCGUCCGCCGAAGCAGAAGCCCCACUGGAACCACCAGGGCCACCGCGUGACCUGCCACCACCGAGCCCCAGCGUGUGCGGAGCGUGAGCCGCGAGGGGCGGCUUGGGGCGCCGGGGGCGCCCGGGUCCGGGCUGGGCAGCCUGCCAUUAACGCGAGUGGCAACACCGCUGGCCACUCGGCAGUGAUGAGAAAGAGGAGAAAGUGGAGAGUGGAAAGGGCUGAGGGCUGA